AGUUGGACACAUUUAGCAUUCGGGUUCAUUCAAGCCUAGCCAUUGUUGAACCAAACCAUGAAGCCACUAUUGAACUUGAGUAAGGACUUCAACAGACAAAUUAUUUGAGUUAGAUCUAGAGAUUGAGAGAAUUUUCAGGGCUUUAAGAAUUCAAGAGAAAUCUUCAGAAGUUUCUGAAAGAAAUUCUUUACACAUUGAUACUUCCAUGGCAGAACAUCAUAGGACUAUGAAGGAUCUGUCAGCUCCUGAUGAAGCAUUCAAAUAUUCAUGUAUUACUUAUCCGGUUAUGAUAGGAGACUUUGAGUUAAGAUCUGGAUUGAUCCAUUUGCUACCUAAAUUUCAAGGGUCAUUUGGAGAAGACCCUAACAGACACUUACAUGAGUUCCAUGUGGUUUUCUCAACCAUGAAGCCAUAGGGAAUUUUAGAAGAGGAUAUCAAGCUAAGGGUUUUUCCAUUUUCAUUAACUGGGUAGCAAAAGAUUGGUUAUACUAUUUGCUACCUGGAUACGUUACAUCUUGGAUUGAUAUGAAGAAGGCUUUCUUGGAGAAAUUCUUUCCAGCUUCAAGGACUGCUACUAUCAGGAAGAGUAUCUGUGGGAUCCAACAAGUGGUGGGAGAGACACUCUAUGAUUAUUGGAAAAGAUUCAAGAAAUUAUGUUCAAGUUGUCCUUAGCACCAAAUCAGUGAGUAGUUACUUGUCCAAUACUUCUAUGAGGGUUUAUCACCUAUGGACAGGAGUAUGAUAGAUGCAGCAGCUGGAGGAGCUUUAGUGAACAAAACUCCAGAACAAGCUAGAGAGAUUAUUUCUAACAUGGCAGAGAACUCACAGUAGUUUGGAAGUAGGUCAUUAACUACAAGAGGAGUUGGAGAAGUUCAAGUGGGUUUUAAUGAACAAAAGGAAAUAAGGAGCUCAUUAUUGGAAUUAACAUCUUUGGUGAAGCAAUUGGCAUUGAACAAUGCUAAUCAAAUUUCUACUUUGCCUAGUACACAAUUUCCAUAUCAAUCAAGAGGAGUUUGUGGUAUUUGUUUGAGCCAAGACCAUAAUUCAGAGUUAUGUCCAAAUCUUCAUCAAGAUGAGUCAUUAGCAACAUUUUCUAGAGCUCAAUUUCCUCAAAAAUAUGACCCUCGUUCUUCUACUUAUAAUCCUGGUUGAAGGGAUCAUCCCAAUUUGAAGUAUGGUAAUUUGUUUUAUCAACAACCACCUUCAAAUCAAAAUUUUCAGUAAAAUCAGAGUUUCCAGCCACUUCAACAAGGAUUCCAGCAGCAAAACCAACCUUUUCAGCAGCAUUAUCAUCCUACAAAUCAAUUUUAGCAACAAUUUAUGCCUUAUCAGCAACAAUUUCUACCUUAUCAUCAAUCUUAUCAUCAAAACCAGCAACAACAUUACCAAAAUCAGAAUCAUCAGCAAGGGCAGAAUCUAAUUCAGAAUGCACUUCCAGCACCUUCAAGAUUGAGUUUGACUCAAGGAAGUUCCAAUAGCGCCUCUAAUUUAGAUGCACAGCAAACUAGAUUAGAGGAGUUAAUGCAACAAGUUCUACAGUAGCAACAAAAUCAGCAAAGAACAUAUUCAGCAUUGCAGAAUAUUGAGAGGCAGAUUGGACAACUAGCUUCUAGCAUAAAUCAAUUGCAAGCUCAAUGAUCAAAUCAGCUACCUUCUCAAUCAACACCAAAUCCAAAAGGUUAUGUUAGUGCAUUAACUUUGAGAAGUGGAAGGUAGAUUGCAGGUGAUGUUGCUGAAAAAUUUCCAGUAGAGGAGUCUCCAGAUUGCAACAACUUCCAAAUACCUUCAACAAGCCACAAUUUAGAAUUUCUAGCAACCCAAAAGUGUCCUGAUGCAAUCUCGAACUCAAUUCACAGUAUCCAAUGAAUUUAGCCCAUGAACACGAAAAGAAUAACAUUUAUUCAGAAAAUUCCAGCAGCUCUAUAAUGCAGGCAGAAAUUCCAUCAAGUUCAACUUCUAGGUGUCUAGCACAGCAAGUUGCCGAGCCUUCUAUUCCGUUGCCUUUUCCUCAAUGCAAGGUACAACUAAGGAAGAAUGUAGAGGAGGAAAAAGAUAAGGAAUUUCAAGAGCUUGUGAAUUUGUUUAGUAAGGUGGAAGUCAAUGUUCCCUUGUUGACAAUGAUUAAGCAUAUUCCCAAAUAUGCUAAAAUUUUGAAGGAUCUUUGUGUACACAAAAAGAAGUUAAAGGGGAAUGAGUUGAUUAGCAUGGGCAAGAAUGUAUCAGCACUCAUUCAACCGGUCCCUCAGAAAUGUGGCGAUCCUAGAGUUUUCACUAUACGUUGUGAGAUUGAGAGAAAUUUAUUUGAGGAUGUCAUGUUAGAUUUGGGAGCUUCAAUAAAUGUGAUGCCAAGAUCAGUGUUUCAGACUUUAGGAGUUUGACCAUUACAACCUAUAGGGGUUGUUAUUCAGUUAGCUGACCGCAGUCAGACUCAUCUAGUUGGGAUUAUUGAAGACGUAUUGGUUAAGGUGAUAGAACUUAUAUUUCUUGCAGAUUUUUAUGUCCUUGAUAUAGAGGGAGACUAUCUGGCCAAUAGAUCUCCACUUAUUCUUGGACGACCAUUCUUGAAGACUGCAAGGACGAAGAUCAAUGUUCAUGCGGGUACACUUUCUAUGGAGAUAGGAGAUACAGUGGUCCAGUUCAGUAUUUUUGAUGCUAUGAGGCAUCUUAAAGAGAAUCAUUCUAUUGUUAAUAUGGAUAUUACAAAGGAGCUGGAAAGUAUGGAUUUCUUUUUAGAAAUGGAAUCAGAUUCAGAUUUUACUGAGGCUAGUAAAGGUGAGGAUCUAUCUUCGUAUUUGGAGGAUGAUUUGGACAUGGGAGAGGAUAUUAUUUCUGGUGGAUUAUUUUUAAUUGAGAAAGAUGUAUACGUAGGGGAUUGGUUAGGAGAAGCAUUACCCCUAGGAUCGCCCAGAGAAGAAGAAUUAUGUGUAGGAGAUUGUUCAGCUGUAUUACCCCUAGGAUCACCUUCUAUUGAUUAGAUAGAGGAUGAGUUGAAGUCAUUGCCUCAACACUUGAAGUAUGCUUAUUUGGGAGAGAAUCAGCAGUUACCUGUCAUUAUAGCCCAGGAUUUGGAACCAGAGUAGGAGAAUAGAUUAUUAGAGAUUCUGAGGCAGCGCAGGAGAGCCAUUGGAUGGACACUGGCUGACAUUCCUGGUAUCAGUCCUUCUAUUUGCAUGCACAUGAUUUAUUUGGAGGAGGAUGUGAAACCAGUAAAACAACCAUAGAGGAGACUUAACCCAUUGAUCCUUGAUGUAGUCAAGAAAGAGGUAACUAGACUUCUGCAAGCAGGUAUCAUUUACCCUAUUUCUGACAGUAAAUGGGUGAGUCCCAUCCACGUGGUUCCGAAGAAGUCAGGGGUGAUGGUGGUAGCUAAUGAAGAAAAUGAGUUGGUGCCCAUAAGAGUGAAGAAUUCUUGGAGAGUUUGUGUGGAUUAUAGGAAGCUAAACCAAGCAAGAAGGAAGGACCACUACCCCUUACCUUUUAUUGAUCAGAUGUUAGAGAGGUUGGCGGGUAAGUCACAUUAUUGCUUCCUUGAUAGAUACACCGGAUAUUUUCAGAUUUGCAUAGACUUGGAGGACCAGAAGAAGACUACCUUCACUUGUCCUUUCAGUACGUUCACUUACAGACGUAUACCAUUUGGACUUUGUAACGCUCUAGGAACCUUUCAACGAUGCAUGGUGAAUAUUUUUGGUGAUUUAUUAGAGCAUUGCAUGGAAAUGUUCAUGGAUGAUUUUUCUGUAUAUGGAUCAUCAUUUGAUUCAUGUCUAGAAAAUUUAUCUAUGGUUUUAAAUAGAUGCAUUGAGACUGAUUUGAUACUUAAUUUUGAGAAAUGUCAUUUUAUGGUGGAGCAUGGGAUUUUUUUAGGUCAUAUAGUCUCUCGGAGAGGUAUUGAGGUAGAUCCUACUAAAAUUAGUGCUAUAUCUUCUUUAUCUUACCUCGCAUGCGUGCGGGAUGUUCGAGCUUUCCUUGGCCAUGCAGGAUUCUACAGGAGAUUUAUUAGGGACUUCAAUCGAAUUGCUCUUCCAUUGUCUCAAUUGCUUUAGAAAGAUGUGGAUUUCAAUUUUGAUCAAAGGUGCAAGGAAGCUUUUUAGAGGCUAAAGGAGGCUUUGAUUUCGGCACCUGUCAUCAGGCCACUAGAUUGGACUUUACCUUUUGAGCUAAUGUGUGAUGCUUCAAAUUUUGCAAUAGGAGCAGUACUUGCACAGAGAGUAGAUGGAGCACUACAUGUGAUCUACUAUGCUUCAAAGACCUUAGAUUCGACUCAAGCAAAUUACACCACAACAGAAAAAGAGCUUCUUGCCAUUGUUUUUGCUUUAGAUAAAUUUAGAUCAUAUUUACUCUGUUCUCACGUGGUGGUAUUUUCUGAUCAUGCAGCUUUGAAGUUUCUUCUCAUGAAGCCAGAUGCCAAGCCUAGAUUGAUUAGAUGGAUACUUCUUCUUCAGGAGUUCGAUUUGGGGAUACGUGAUAGGAGCGGGAAGGAGAACUUGGUUGCAGAUCACUUGAGCAGAAUUGAGAGAGACUUGGAUCACAUGACCAUUGAUGAUAAUUUUAGGGAUGAGCAGAUUUUCAGAUGCAUGGAAAAAGGCAUAGGAGAUAGGAUGCCGAUCCCUCGGCUCGCCAUCGGAACUCCGGCUGAGGUGACUCACCCAGAAGCGCUCAGGGCGGCGCUCGCUGAGUUCUUCUCCACCUUCAUCUUCGUCUUCGCCGGUCGCGGUUCGGUCAUCGCCUUCGAGAAGAUGGCGGGCGGCUCGGUAUCGAGUCCGGAGGGACUCGUCUUGACGGCACUAGCGCACGCGUUCGCCCUAUUCGCGGCCGUGUCGACGGCCUCCAACGUCUCCGGCGGCCACGUGAACCCCGCGGUGACCUUUGGAGCCUUAAUCGGCGGCCACAUCACGCUUCCCCGUAGCAUCCUCUACUGUAUCGCGCAGCUGCUAGGCUCCUCCGCGGCCUGCGCCGUGCUUGGCUAUUCCAUCGGCGGCCUGGACGCGGCGACCUUCGGCCUCGCCGCGGGCGUGAGCCCGUUGCGGGCGCUGGUGCUGGAGGCCGCGAUGACCUUCGGGCUGGUGUACACGGUGUACGCGACGGCGGCGGACGCGAAAAGGGGAGCGAUCGGACCUCUCGCGAUUGGGUUGGUGGUGGGCGCUAACAUUCUGGCCGGCGGGGCCUUCGACGGCGCGGCUAUGAACCCGGCGUUGGCGUUCGGGCCGGCGCUGGUAAGGUGGGCAUGGAAGGACCAUGGCGUGUACUGGGCCGGGCCACUCGCCGGCGGCGGCGUCGCCGGGUUCUUCUACGAGUACUUCUUCACUCCAAACACCUUCCAGCCGAUCUCUUCCGUCAAUUUCUGAGGUACCCCACAAGACAACAGCCCCGGAAGUAUUACUUUGCCUCUAUUAAGUUGAGCUACCACACCGACUUCGAAGCCCUCUACCGAUUUUACAACUUCAUCCUUGUUUAUUACCAAUCUGUGGAGGCCUAUUUCAUGUGUGUUUCUAGCUAGAACUGCUCGUGAUUUGGCUGAUUUAUGAUCCCUGUUACUCAUCUUCGACUCUCUAUAACACAAGGGGACAAGAACGGCAUGCAUGUUCUUUGUUUUCUACUGCUGUUGUAACUUAGAUGCUUUCCCCCUCUACCUGCAAAUAUUGAUGUUCUGUCCUUAAUUAGUUUUA